AUGGCGCAACUUGUUUCGAUUUGCUUUGCACUCUUUAUAAUGUUAAUUGCCACCACGGCCUCCAACGUCGAGAUGGUUUCAUCUCCAAUGAAUGAUGUCCGAAGAAUUCAAUUGGAGAGCGAAUUGAGCAAUGGAAUCAGCUUAUUGCGAGAAAUCCUCGAAAAGUCACCAAAUGGCCAACUUCAAGAUUUGGAACGACUUUCUGCCCCACUUCGUACAAAACGCUGCCGUUGGAAGUUGUGCGGAACCGGACGUCGUUUUAGAUAUCUCUAG